AUUGAAAAAGAAAAAGCAACAAAAAAAAAAAAAAAAAACAGCGACUAUCGACUUCAACGGCACAAAACACAUUUGUAGAUCAACGUAAAAUCGUUAAACCGGAAACGUAAAAAUGCAUUUUAACAAAAUAAACAAUAACAGCAACAAGAGCAACAACGAUAGUUUAACUUCAUCAUCAUUAUCAUCUUCAUCUGUUGUGGCAGUCGGUGAUGAUUCUGUUUCCCCCUACUUUACCGCCGCCACUGUUUCGUCGUCGGCUUCAUGGUUUCAUGGCAUGAAUGCAAACCUUUGUUGGCUUUUUUUGUUGGCUUUGCUUUUUAUGGCCCAUCAGCAACCUUGCGAAUGCCGUUAUUUACCGACAAGGUCACAUGCUGAUGAUUUGGAUAAAUUGCGUGAGCUCAUGUUGCAGAUUUUGGAAUCUAGUAACGAGGAUUUGCAACGAUCACCAAACGAUGGCAUUGGAAACGGCAACAGUUUGUCAGCUCAGCGAGCUAAUUGGUUAAAUUCUUUGGGUAGCCUGAACAAUAUGGAUGCAAAUAGGAAGUACAACAUGCCAAGGGGUCUUUACGAUAACGGACAUUAUUAUUAAAGAGCGAAGCGAUAUUUCUAAUCAAUUUUCCAAUCCAGUUUAUAUCCUGCAAAAAUCAGCCAAGUCAAAAAGGAAAACUUUCUUAUAAAUUUUCAAAAUUAAAGAUAUAUGAAAAAACCA